AUGUCCAACGUCCAGGAUUCAUGGGAGGACGACCCGGCUGCUCAGGAUGAGAACUUGGCCCGCCAGGCCCAGCAGCAGAUGAAUAUCGGCGCUCAGCAGGCCCAAGCUGGCUUCCGGGUUGGUGCCGCCUCUUUCCAGCCCACGGCCCAGACUUUUCAGCCGGGCCAAGCCCAAGGGUUUGGCGGGGCUGGUGGUUAUGGGCAAUAUCAGCAGCAACAGUACUAUGGCGGCCAGGGGUAUUACCCGCAAUACGGCGGCCAACAGGCUUUCGGACAGUAUGGUCAACAGCAUCCGCAACAGGGCUACGGCGGUGUCUAUGGGCAGGGCCAGGGUGGAUACAACCAACACCAGCAAUACGGUCAGUGGCAAGGCUACCAGCAGCAGCCCCAGCAAAGUCAAGCGCAACAACAGGCCCCGAAGCCGGCACCCACGAUUGUGAAGCGUCCAACUGAUACGCCCGCCGCGGGGGAUGCGCCAAAGCCGACCGUUGCGAAGGAGGGUGGCGCGAAGGUUUUAAGCAUUGGCGGCGACGCACCGAAGCCCAAGGCUAAGGUCCUGUCCAUCGGCGCGACCGCCCCGGCCAAGGAGGAGACCAAGAAGGAGGAGACCAAAAAAGAGGGGGCUAAGAAGGAGGGCACCGCGGAGGCUGCUGCUAAAGUCACAGCGGCCAAGGCGAUCGACAAGGCGGAUUCCAAGGCAGCUAGCGGCAAGACUUCGCCCACGCCAUCCUCGGGGCGAUCCAGCCCGUCUCGUGGAGGAGCCGCCAAAGCGGCCCGCGAUGCUGACGCUGUUGAGAAGGAGCAAACCGCCGACGUGGACGAGGACACACUCAAGGAAAUUUACGGCAAGGAGCACGUCAACAUCAUCUUCAUCGGCCACGUCGAUGCCGGCAAGAGUACACUUGGCGGCUCCAUCCUGUACGCCACGGGAAUGGUGGACCAGCGGACGCUCGACAAGUACAAGAGGGAAGCCAAGGAGAUGGGCCGUGAGACGUGGUAUCUGUCGUGGGCUCUGGAUUCGACCAACGAAGAGCGCGCCAAGGGUAAGACGGUUGAGGUCGGCCGCGGCUUCUUCGAGACGGAUAAGCGGAAGUACAGUAUCCUCGACGCUCCUGGUCACAAGACCUACGUGCCUCAUAUGAUUGGCGGUGCUUCGCAAGCCGAUGUCGGCAUUCUGGUCAUCAGUGCGCGGAAGGGCGAGUACGAGACAGGUUUCGAAAAGGGCGGCCAAACCCGCGAGCACGCUAUGCUGGCCAAGACUCAGGGAGUGAACAAGCUGGUGGUGGUUAUCAACAAGAUGGACGACCCGACGGUCAACUGGUCCCACGAGCGCUACACCGAGUGCACCAGCAAGUUGCAGCAAUUCUUGAAGGGCACAGGGUACAACGUCAAGACAGACGUCUUUUUCAUGCCCAUCGCGGCGCAGCAGACCAUGGGCAUCAAGGACCGCGUGCCUAAGGACAAGUGCCCGUGGUAUGACGGACCAUCGCUUCUAGAGUACCUCGAUGGCAUGCAGGCCCUCGAGCGCAAGGUCAACGCGCCGUUCAUGAUGGCUAUAGCCAGCAAGUAUCGUGAUAUGGGCACUAUGGUUGAAGGCAAGAUUGAGGCGGGCGUGGUCAAGAAGGGCAUGACCGUGAUCAUGAUGCCCAACAAGCAGACAGUCGAUAUUGCUGCUGCUUACGGCGAGACCGAAGAUGAAGUGGCCAUUGCUCAAUGCGGUGACCAAGUGCGCCUUCGUCUCCGCGGCAUCGAAGAAGAAGAGAUCACACCCGGCUUCGUCCUCUGCUCACCUAAGCGUCUGGUGAACAACGUGUCCCAAUUCGAGGCGCAAAUCCGGAUCUUGGACUUGAAGAGCAUUCUCAGUGCUGGCUUUAAUUGCGUCUUGCACGUCCAUGCCGCCAUCGAGGAGGUCACGUUCGCUUCGCUGCUCCACAAGCUUCAGAAGGGCACCAACAGAAAGAGCAAGCUCCCUCCAUCACACGCCAAGAAGGGUGAUAGCAUUAUUGCUAUCCUGCAGGUGACAGGUGGUGCUGGGUCCGUCUGUGUGGAAAGGUUUGAGGACUACCCCCAGAUGGGUCGUUUCACCCUGCGCGACCAGGGUCAAACCAUUGCUAUUGGCAAGAUCACCAGACUCAUCACCGAUGCUUAA